AUGGAUAAAUUGGACAUAUCUUCGCUGCUAUCAGCCUCACGCGACGUCACAAAUGUGCCCGUGCUGGACGAGGCGUCCUUCCGUUUAGGUAAAUACCGAGAUGGGAGUGUGCUCAAGUUUCGGGGUGUAGUGUGCGACGUGCAGGACCCCGAAUUGGUGCAACUUGGUGAUGAUCUGUCCGUCCCUAAAACCCAGGACUUGGUCGAGCGACUGCCUCUUGUCGUCACUAUUUCCCCGCAUACGAGUGAUUGGGCGAAACAAAAAUAUGAUAACAAAGCGGUAGUCGAUCAGAAUGAUGGUCGUUGUAGUGGGAAUGUAAGUCCUGCAACUUCUAAGGGUACAAAGCGUCCCAGUGCUGUAGAAGACGAGCAGAUGAACGGCAUUUCUAGACAGGAGCAGAAUGAGCUGCAAGUAAAAAAGUACAAGGCUAUGGAGACAGAGAACCAAAAAGAUACUCGAAUAAUAUCUCAAGCCGUCAGCAUCUAUGUCUAUGAUGGCCAAUACAAGGACAUGCCGCUGGACAUCUUCAAGGUGAAUGAGGCUUUCGAGUUUGUAGGCAUCUUGGACUUGAUGGUGUCCGGUACAGCAACAAAGAAAGAUGCUGCUGAGAGUGUGCUUACUGUUAAGCAAUUGGAGGAGCUUAAAAUCUCUGACUGUCUCGAAGAAGUGCAACGCAAAGGUCGCUCGGGCGUUGUAUUGCACUGCUCUCAUGUCAGCAGAUUGGAAGGUGUGCACCAUGUGCGUCCUCAUGAAUCGAAUGAGUUUUACAAGCAGAUUCAUGUGAGCAAUAACUCGAGGACGAAAUUUUGCCAGAACGAGUGGAUGAAAUUAGGUCAAACAGCCGAUGUGGCUAUAAUGCGUAACCAGCUUGUUGGCUAUUUGACGCAAGCAGUGGGCGGAGACAUGCUUGCAGCAGAGUACUUAUUACUGGGCCUAGUUUCGCAUGUGUAUUCACGAGCGGACUUGUCGACACCGCUUGGCAACUUACCGCUUAAUUUAUCCCUUGACAAGUCGCUUACGGAAGAACAGAAGAGAGAAUUCGUUGCUCGAAUUCAACAGACGUUGACGUCGUUGAUGCCUAUGGUAUCGCGAGUGGAUCUGUCACUGGAAGAGUUAAACUCGACCAAGUUUAUGCCGCAUAAGGACUAUGAGCGAGAAAUGUUGUUGAGUGGUGUACUGCAGGUGGCAAACGGGACGACAAUGCUUGUCAAUGAAACCACGUUGACUGCAGGGCAGCUGAAUGACCAAGGUGUAAAGAAUAUCGCGGCUUUACAAUCGCUGAUUAACAAGAUGCUUCUGCCGUAUGACUUCCACUACUACAACGUGGAUUUUCCGCAAGAUGUGGCAAUUGUUACAGUGUCAGAAGGCAAAAGCAUCUUGCCCGUCACUGUAGCCGUACCCAUCUCAUCUGCAGCUAGUGCAACUACCAAGAUGCGAUCUCUUUUACUGCCAGAGGAACAGAUACUAGAGUGCUUUCGCGUGUUCUUAAGCGUUCUUCGCUCGUUUGUAGUCACGAUUGGAAACGAAGAAGCUGAGAUGGCCGAGAAGUAUUACGUAGAGUGCCGCAAAUCCCAGCAAAAAGUGGCGCUGGAAGAUCUUCAUCGGUGGCUGCGGCUUGCUCGUCUUGUUACGCUUAGUCGAGGGGAAGGACACAUCUCCAAGGACUCAUGGAACGCAAUGCUGGUGCUGGAGACUGAACGACUUGCUCGUCUCCCCAUUGAAAAUGCCAAAUGA